GUUGGAGAAAAGUUCGGGGCACGGUAACAAUACCCCAUUCCGGCAGUUACCUCAUCAUGACCCCACAGCCGUCGCGCUUACCGUUCGCAAAUUAGGGGCAAGACUCACUAGCGUUACGCUUUUGGGAGACGCCUCCUGAGCAUAUAUUAUCUACCCCAUUAUCCCAUGUCUGUAUACAACCGGAAUGGUAUAAAUUGAAGCUAUAUUCCUCCCCAGAAUGCCAAUCGUCGGCACCUGGUAUAACCGCAACAAAACAAUAUGACUGUUACUCAAAACUCUACUUGGUGGAAGAAUGCCACCGUUUACCAAAUCUGGCCUGCGUCCUACAAAGAUUCCAACGGCGACGGUGUGGGUGAUAUCCCAGGUAUAAUUUCAACCUUGGACUACAUUAAGGACUUGGGUAUUGACGUGGUCUGGCUAUCCCCUAUGUUCGAUUCCCCGCAAGACGACAUGGGCUACGAUAUCUCCAACUACGAAGGGAUCUACCCACCCUACGGUACCAUGGACGACAUGGACAACCUCAUUGACCAGUGCCACAAGAGGGGCAUGAAGUUGAUCUUGGAUUUGGUCAUCAACCACACGUCCAGUGAGCACGACUGGUUCAAGGAGUCGAGAUCCUCCAAGACCAAUCCUAAGAGGGACUGGUACAUGUGGAGACCUCCAAGAAUCGACGAGCAUGGUAACAGACAGCCUCCAACCAACUGGAAGUCCCACUUCUCUGGCUCCGCUUGGACGUACGACGAGUUAACCGACGAGUACUACUUACACCUCUUUGCCAAGUCGCAGCCUGACUUGAACUGGGAAAACGACGAAACCAGAGAGGCAAUUUACAACUCUGCCAUGAAGUUUUGGUUGGAUAAGGGCUGUGACGGGUUCCGCAUUGACACCGCCGGGUUGUACUCCAAGACCUAUCCUAUCAGAGACGUUCCAAUCAUUGCUCCUGACCAGGAGUUCCAGCCGGCUGAUGCGUACACCCAUAACGGUCCGCGCAUCCACGAAUUCCACAAGGAAAUGUUUGCCAAGGUCACCAGCCACUACGAUGCUAUGACCGUGGGUGAGGUCUGCCGCGGUUCUCGUGAAGACACCUUGAAAUUUGUCAGCGCUAAGGAAAAGGAAAUGAACAUGAUCUUUUUGUUCGAUGUGGUUCUGUUGGGCACCCAAGAGACCGAUCAUUUCAAGUCUGAGAAGUUCACCCUUGUGGACUUUAAGAACGCGGUCAAAGGCCAGUGCGAGUUUGUGUCCGGUACCGAUGCUUGGUCGACGGUGUUCCUUGAAAACCACGACCAGCCUCGUAGUAUCACCCGAUUUGGUAACGCGUCCAAGAAGUACCACGACAAAUCUGGUAAACUAUUGGCCAUGAUGGAAGCUGCCUUAACCGGUACCUUAUUCAUCUACCAAGGCCAAGAAAUCGGUAUGACGAACUUUAGCCGUGACUGGGACAUUUCGGAUUACCAAGACAUUGAUUCCACCAACUACUACAAGCAGUUCAAGGCGAAGCACGGCGAUGACGAAAAGGCUAUGGCAGAGAUGAUGGAUAACUUAGCAUUAGUGGCCAGAGACCACGCUAGGACUCCGGUUCAGUGGGAUGACUCGGCCAACGCUGGGUUCACCACAGGUAAACCGUGGAUGAAGAUCAACGACAACUACCGGGAAAUCAACGUAAAGUCUCAGGUAAACGAUCCAAACUCGAUCUUGUCAUUCUACAAGCAGGUAUUGAAGCUCAGAAAGAACCACAAAGAUUUGUUCAUCUACGGUGAGUUUGAAACUUUGGACCACGAAAACGAGGAGACCUUUACCUUUAUCAAGACUUACCAAGACAAGAAGGCCCUUGUGGUGUUGAAUUUCAGCGAUAAGGACCAGCCUUUCAAGGCUCCCGAAGGAGAAUUGUUGCUCUCGAACGUUGACGUGGAGGAGGCUACGUUAUCGCCUUACGAAGGGAGAAUCUAUCUUCUCAGCUGAGGACCAAGAGCUUUGUGAUAUGAUCUCAUUAUAUAAUUUCAAAUUUUGUCCUUCAUUGGCUUUUUCUUUACAAUCAAUAGACAUGUCAUCCUUGGAUUAAAUGUGAACCGAAUUUUCUGAUAUUCUACAAAAUUG